GCAACUUUCUAUCAAUCCAACAAAUUAUGGUCUUCGGCCAGAGUUGGCAAAGGAACAACAGCAGGAAACACUCAGAUGUACUUCCCCACUCAAAUCUUAGCUUCUUCAAACCCUAAUAUGUCGGGCUCACACCCUCUUUCCUUCCUUUCUCCCUCCUACCAACUAACUAACUACCCAAUUUACUAAAAAUCCCCAAUUUUUUUAAUUACUUUACUUUGCAUUUCAUAUGAUGCUGUUUUUCUGGUGAUUGAUAACUUUUUCAAUUAAUCUGGGGUUUUAUCAAUUGGGGGUUGUUUUAAUUGUUUUUUCAAAGGUGGGAAAUGUGAAUUGUUUAGUUUUUUAGAUCUGGGUAUUUUAGUUUUGUUGAUUUUGUGAUGGAAGAAAUGAAGAAAUUGGGGUUUAUUUGAUCAUUAAUUUUGAUGAUUAGAAUUAAAGUUUGGAGCUUUAUCUCUUUUGUAGUAAUGGGUAUUUGUUUGAUUACUGCUAGCUAGCUUUAUUCUCAUUGCUGGGAUCUUUUCAUGGUAUUAUUCUUAUGUGGGUCGAUUUGUCGAAAUUAGGGUUUUGUGAGUGUGGAAUUGUUUGGAUGAUGUUAUAGUAUCAGGUUUGAAUUAUGGUUUAGGAAAUGUGGAAGUAAUUUGUAUAUCAUAAGGUGGUGUAUAAGGGUUAAGGAAGCAAUAUAUAGACUAUAGUAUAUAGGGUUAAGGUUAUAACUAUGUCUUUUAGGAGCAUCUUACAAGACAUGAAAGAUGUAAAGUAUAGUUUUAGAUCAAGGUCCCAAAGAGUGGUCCAUGAUAAUUUGGUGGUGGUUGAUGCUAUGGAGCAGAGUUGUUGGGCUAACAUGCCGCCAGAGCUCUUGAGAGAAGUGCUUGUAAGAAUUGAGGCGUCUGAGUGUACCUGGCCUCCAAGGAGAAAUGUUGUUGCGUGUGCCGGUGUGUGCAGGAGUUGGAGGGAUGCUAUGAAGGAUAUUGUCAAAACACCAGAGAUUUCAGGCAAGCUGACAUUCCCCAUAUCUGUGAAGCAGCCUGGAUCAAGAGACACUCUUAUUCAGUGUUACAUUAAGAGACAUCGUGGCAGCCAGACGUAUUAUUUAUUCGUUAGCUCAAGCUCAGCUUCAUAUGACGAUGGCAAGUGCAUUCUUGCUGCAAGGAAGUGUAGACGCCCGACUUGCACAGACUACAUCAUUUCCCUGAAUCCUGAAUAUGUCUCCAAGGGGAGUAGUGCCUAUGUUGGGAAAUUAAGAUCCAAUUUCCUAGGCACAAAGUUUACAAUCUACGAUGCACAACCCUCAAAUGCUGGAGCUAGAAUCAUAAGAAGUCGCUCUACUAGACUAGUGGGAUCCAAGCAGGUUGCACCCAGGGCUCCUGCGGGCAACUAUCCUGUGGCACGCAUCUCGUAUGAGCUGAAUGUCUUGGGCGCUAGGGGUCCGAGGAAGAUGCAGUGUGUCAUGGAUAGUAUACCUGCUUCUGCUAUCAAACCUGGAGGACUGGCCCCCACACAGACUGAAUUUCUGAUCAAUAAUGUGGAUUCUUUUCCUUCAAUCCCCUUUUUUAGGUCAAAAUCUAUUAGGGUGGACAAUUGCCAGUCUGAUGCUGCUCCCAAUCAGCAAGAGGGAAGGUUAAACCUGAGAAACAAGGCCCCUAGGUGGCAUGAACAACUUCAGUGCUGGUGCCUUAACUUCAAUGGUCGUGUAACUGUUGCUUCUGUCAAGAACUUUCAACUGGUUGCUUCCCUAGAGGAUGGAUCUGAGCAUGAAAGUGUCAUUCUUCAAUUUGGAAAAGUCGGAAAGGAUGUAUUCACCAUGGAUUAUCACUACCCAAUUUCCGCUUUCCAGGCUUUUGCCAUUUGUCUGAGCAGCUUUGACACCAAGAUUGCUUGUGAAUGAUAUGCAUUUGAGCCUUUGAGGUAAUUUAACGUGUGUGAAAGGGUGAAGCUGUUGCACUUAUAGGCAUGUGGAUGUUGGUGAGGGAGAUUCUAAUUUGUUGGGCUGCGACUUCACUACUGUGUGAUUAGUUAGUUCAUUCACUGUCAACUCUAAUUUUCGCAUCGUGUACAUAUAAUUGAAGUCUGUAUUAAAAGACAGGCUUUAGCUUACUUGACUGUUUGUUGGCUGUGCGCUUUUCUUUCUUUGUUGCGUUCUCUGUUUGGGGUGAGAAGGUGUGCUUGAAACUCACCUGCCGGAGGAUUUGUCGCCUUUGUCAACAUUAAUUGUCUUGCUGUUAUGUUAGAUUAGCCAGGUUUGUUGUAUGGUUUCUGUUUCAGGAGUUUCUCAAAUUUCUUGUCA